AUGGGUCGUCCGGGUUGCCGGGACAAGUGCGGCAGCAUGAGCAUCCCGUUCCCCUUCGGCAUGGACAAGCCCGGCUGCUUCCUCCCUGGCUUCGAGGUAACCUGCAACACCUCCUUCAGUCCAUCUCGCGCCUUCCUCGCCUACAACCACAACGACCCGCCGUACCAGGCGAUCUACCGGUGCAAGUUCGGCACCGACACCUCAGGCUGCAAGUACACCUAUCAGCCGGUCGAGCUGUUCGGCAUAUCGCUCGAGACCAACGAAGUACGUGUGUACGGCGGCGUCACCUCCCGGUGCUUCACGAGCGAAACCGCGGGGUUAAUAAAGGGCCAAUACAUGGAGCUGGACAGGGCGGGGCCGUUCCUCCUGUCCCCGCGCGACGACCUCAUCGGCGUCGGCUGGAACGUCAAGUCCUCCAUGUCCUACCAGAUCAAGCCCUACCCGGACCUCCUCUCGUGCACCUCAAACGACCCCUUUCGGGUCACGGCCCCAACCGGGUCGUGCUCGGGUCUGGGCUGCUGCCGGGUCGCCCUGCCGCCCCCGUGGCCGACGAUGCCCGUCAUCGAGACAGCGGUGAUCCUCGAGGAGGUCAAUGCUGGCGCCAAUAAUUUCUGGAAAACCAAUCCGUGCUCCUACGGCAUGGUGGUGGAGGGGUCGUGGUACAACUUCACCGCUGAGGACAUGGCCGGCUACAAGGUGCUCUCUAAGAAGCUCACCAGGGGCUUCCCUUUGGUGCUUGAUUUCGCCAUCAGGAACGGCUCCUGCCAGCGCGACGGCUGUCCCAGCGGCAACAGUUCAUGUGCCAAUGCGGCCUAUGACUCCGAAGGCUAUGUGUAUGUGUGA